UACACAUACUCCUUCCCGUUCUUCACCCUCGCACAGUUUCAGUUCACGACGGCACUGACUCCUCUCUCCUCUCAGUCUCCGGCGACGGCGAGGCGAAAACGAGAUCGCAUAGUCUCACCGGUGCGGUGACGCGUGAGCGUCUUUCCUCUCUCAGUCGCGACAACAAAAUCUUUUUACAUAUCAAUUUAAACUAAUGCGAGCUUCAGUUCCCUUCUCGAUUCGCUUCACUUCAUAAAUUCAGUUCCACUCCAUUGUUCUUGAAACUGCAGAAAGUGUUCCCAAUCAAUCUUGCAUCACCGUUCAAAAAAUUACGUUUGAGGAAACAGAAUGGGAAAUGAUAAGAAAAAAACGAAUCGAAAGAAGAAACAAAGUCAAACACAGAAGAUGAAGGAAGGAAGCUUUCAAGAAGCAUUGAUGAAACAAUUUCAAGAAUUUCGCACCCCAUUGUCGGUGGCGAUGGCGAUGAUACUGAUAAUGGGGAUAACUCUUUCUAUCUUAUAUUUUGAUGCUGGGAAGCAGCAGCAGCAGAUUAGCUUUCAGGAGUUUGUGAAUAAGCUUUUGGAACCAGGAUUGGUAGAUCAUAUUGUUGUCUCUGACAAAAAUGUUGCCCAGAUAUAUGUUAUGAACUCUCCUCGUAAUCAAACAGAAACGAACUCUCCUCAUAAUCAAACAGAAACGAACUCUCCUCGUAAUCAAACAGAAACGAACUCUCCUCGUAAUCAAACAGAAACAGACGGUGAAGAAACCCAUCCUGCGAAGGGAUAUGGUGGGCAAUAUAAAUAUUAUUUCAAUAUUGGGAAUGUCUUUGCUUUUGAGGAGAAAUUAGAGAGAGCUCAAAUAGCACUGGGCAUUGACCAUCAUGAUUAUGUACCUGUUACCUAUUCUUCUGAAAUUGGCUGGCACCUGGAGUUCAUGACAUUCAUUCAACACCUGUUGCCUUUGGCGUUUCUAAUCUAUAUGGUUGCCGGUGGUAAGGGUCCUUUUGGAGUCUUUAACAUCGGAAAACCACAUUUUACUAAAGUAGACAAAGAUGCCAAAAACAAGGUAUAUUUUAAAGAUGUUGCUGGCUGUGAUGAGGCAAAACAAGAAAUUAUGGAGUUUGUGCACUUCCUCAAGAGUCCUAAGAAAUACCAAGAGCUUGGUGCCAAAAUUCCAAAAGGUGCUCUUCUGGUGGGUCCUCCAGGCACAGGAAAGACCCUUUUAGCAAAAGCAACUGCAGGGGAAUCUGGUGUGCCAUUUCUCUCUAUAUCCGGUUCUGAUUUCCUAGAACUGUUUGUUGGUGUUGGAUCAUCUAGGGUGAGAAACUUGUUUAAGGAAGCAAGGAAGUGUGCUCCUAGUAUAGUAUUUAUUGAUGAAAUUGAUGCAAUUGGUCGGGCAAGGGGUAGUAGAGGCGGAGAUCGUGCAAAUGAUGAACGUGAAAGUACUUUAAAUCAAUUGUUGGUGGAGAUGGAUGGUUUUGGAACCACUGCUGGAGUUGUUGUGCUGGCAGGUACAAAUAGACCUGAUGUAUUAGACAAAGCCCUACUUAGACCGGGGCGUUUUGACCGCCAAAUAACAAUUGAUAAACCUGACAUCAAAGGUCGUGACCAGAUAUUUCAGAUUUACUUGAAAGGGAUCAAACUUGACCACGAGCCUUCAUAUUAUUCACAUAAGCUUGCAUCCCUUACUCCAGGAUUUGCUGGAGCGGAUAUUGCUAAUGUUUGCAAUGAAGCUGCUCUGAUUGCUGCAAGGACUGAAGAAGCACACGUCACACAUGAUCAUUUCGAGGCAGCUAUUGAUAGGAUCAUUGGUGGUUUGGAGAAGAAGAACAGGGUAAUAAGUAAGCUGCAAAGACGCACUGUUGCUUACCAUGAAGCAGGUCAUGCUGUUGCAGGUUGGUUCUUGGAACAUACUGACCCAUUGUUGAAAGUAACUAUUGUUCCUCGCGGAACAUCGGCUCUUGGGUUUGCCCAGUAUGUUCCAAAUGAGAACCUUCUCAUGACAAAGGAACAACUUUUCGAUAGGACUUGUAUGACCCUUGGUGGUCGGGCUGCCGAGCAGGUUCUCAUUGGGACAAUCUCUACAGGAGCACAAGAUGACUUGGAGAAAGUCACCAAGAUGACAUAUGCUCAAGUAGCCGUCUAUGGUUUCAGCGAAAAAGUGGGCCUCCUCUCUUUCCCUCAAAAAGAGGACUCGUUAGAGAUGUCUAAACCAUACAGCAACAAAACUGGUGCAAUCAUUGAUAAUGAAGUGCGAGAAUGGGUGGACAAAGCAUAUGAACGUACUGUGCAGCUUAUAGAGAAACAGAAGGAGAAAGUAGCUCAACUUGCAGAGUUGCUUCUUGAAAAAGAAGUUCUUCACCAAGAUGACUUGCUUCCAAUCUUGGGUGUGCGACCCUUCAAGAGUACUGAAUCACCAAUUACGAUAGAGCCUGAGGUUGUUCCACAUAGUUGAGUAUGUUUAAGUUUAUUACUCCAUUCAUCCCCAUAAUAUAUGGCUUAUUUGAACAUCUCACCUAGAUUAAGAAAAAUAUUUAAAUGAAAGAGAGAUAAUAGUAUUUUUACUAUAUUAUUCUUCUCAAAUAUUUGUAUGUUUAUGAUUAGCCUAAACGUUUAGUAGAGCCUUUGAAUUGGAAUUCUUCUCAAAUAUUGGUAUGUUUAUGAUUAGCCAAAAUGUUUAGUAGAGCAUUUGAAUUGGAA